GGCCCCCCGCCAAAGAUCUUCCAAAUGCUAACUGCCGAAUUCCAUUUCUCUUCGCUUCGUUUUCUUUUAAUUUUCUUGUAUUUUUCUUUUGAAUAUAUCGGUUGCUUAAAAUUGAAACUUUUUGGUGUUUGGAAUGGGGGUGGGGGGCAAAUUCUGGGAACUUCUAAAAUCCUACGCUCGAUUCGAAGGAUUCGAUUUCUUGAGAGACAAAAAGGUCGCCAUUGAUCUCUCCUUUUGGAUCGUUCAGCACGAGACUGCCUUAAAAAAUCAAGCUUUGAACCCUCAUCUCAGGCUUACUUUCUUCCGCACUGUUAACCUUUUCUCUAAGUUUGGAGUCUUUCCGGUGUUUGUUUUGGACGGAACUCCGUCGCCGUUGAAAUCUCAAGCAAGGAUGGUUCGGUUUUUCCGUUUCUCCGGCAUUGAUACUUCAACUUCGAAUGUGGCCGAAGAGGGUGUUUCCAAGGAGAGGAACUCGACAUUUAUAAAAUGUGUUAAUGACUGUGUUGAGCUGCUUGAACUAUUGGGAAUGCCAGUGUUGAAAGCUAAUGGUGAGGCUGAAGCAUUGUGUGCUCGGUUAAAUAGAGAUGGUCAUGUUGAUGCUUGUAUUACUGCUGACAGUGAUGCAUUCCUCUUUGGGGCUACUUGUGUUAUUAAAAGUCUUAGGCCUAAUUCAAAAGAACCGUUUGAAUGCUACAAUAUGUCGGAUAUUGAAGCUGGUCUUGGACUGAAGAGGAAACACUUGAUAGCCGUCUCUCUUUUGGUUGGAAAUGACCAUGACCUAAAUGGCGUGCAAGGGAUCGGGCUUGAUAAAGCACUUCGUUUGGUACGAGGGUUUAGUGAAGAUGAGAUAUUUGAUAAAUUAUAUGAAAUAGGCAAAGGGCAUGUACCACUAUUUCAGGGUGAAAUUAGAUGUGCUGGUGAUGCUACACCUUGUUCAGAUGAGAGCUCACCAAAGGCAAAGCAGUCUCAUUGCUCUUUCUGUGGGCACCCUGGCAGCAAAAAGGCUCAUUUUAAGUCUUGUUGUGAAUAUUGUAUUACUGAUAGCAAUGAAGGUUGCUUGAAAAAGUCUCAAGGGUUUAAGUGCAACUGCUCAUCCUGUGAUAAGGUUAGAAAAGACAAGGACAAGAAGAAACAUGAGAAUUGGUGGAUUAAUGUUUGCAACUUGAUUUCCAAGGAAACAAAAUUCCCAAAUGAUGAGAUCAUUGAAAUGUACACGUGCAACAAUCACGGAGAGUUUACUGAAAAAGGCCCUUUGCUGGAAUGGGGAGAUCCAAAAACUGACUUGCUAGUUGAUUUCUUAGCUUAUCAUCAGUCAUGGCAGCCGUCUUAUAUUCGGCAGCGGAUGCUUCCAAUGCUGUCCACCCUGUAUUUGAGAGAGUUGGCGAGAAAUCCAAAUAAGACUUUGUUAGUUGGGCAGUAUGAGUUUCAUUCUAUUCAACGUGUGAAGAUAAGAUAUGGGCAUCAAUAUUACGAGGUCAAGUGGAAGAAAGCCAUAUCUAACGAACUUAGUUGUGCAGUCCCUGUUGAACAGUCCAACAUGCUUGAAGAAGAAUUCACAGAAGUUGAUGAUGAGCCCAUUGGCCUGUUGGAUGAGUCAAUUGAGCCCCAGAUUCAUGUUGAUGGAUGCUGGAUUUUAACCGAUGAAAAUCCAGAGUUAGUUCUUUCAGCUUUCCCAGAAGAAGCUCUCAAAUUUAGACAAGAAAAGGAACUAAAAGUUAUGAAGAGAAGAAAGAUUUCAACACCAAGAUCUGAAGGGUCCUCCGAGAUGUCAGAAUCAUCAAAGCCACAAGGUGUUCAAUUAAGUAUCACCGAAUUUUACCGUACAACCAAAACACCAUCCCAGGCAAAACUAGGGGAAGAUUUAGUCAAACAGUCAAGUAGUCCAGGUGUUGGGUCAUCAAAACAGAAGAGGAAAGUUUCAGGUUCUAAAUUGUCCAAGGCUGUAAGACGACGCCUUUUGUUUGGUUAAGAAAAUGAUAAACUUUUGCCUUUUUUGAUGUACAAGAUAUCCCACCUUAAGAUGUAAAGUCAUGUUUACCUUCUGGUCUUAUAAUCAUCAAAAACUCAGCUUAGGCAGCACUUUGAUUUAUAUUUGAGUUGGAAUAUUCUAUAGCUUAUAGUGAAGAAUGUUUUGGUUAA